UCCAAAACCAAAUUCCCAUGUCACGGCUACUUGAGCAGGAGCGGCUGUACCAUUUCAAAAUUUGAAUCAUCAUCUACUUUUUCUCGGCUCUUUCCCCUAUCUGUGCGCAACAAGAACAGCAGAACGCAUGGAUCCAGAGACAGAGUUCCUUACAUCGAAACGACAAACCGGAAAUGAAUGGGAACUCUUCAAAGAAAACGUGAGACCCUUGAAGAGAGGUCGCAAUGUUGAUCUCUUAAACCAUGCUCUCAAAGCUCACACUAAUGAUCAGCUCAAGAAAUCUCUCCUUGAAAACCGAAGGAGAUUGAUUGAGGCAAUUGACGAGUAUACAGGAGAUGAUCCUCUCCAGCCUUGGCUUGAUUGUAUAAAAUGGGUUCAAGAGGCAUUCCCACCUGGUGGAGAUUUCUCAGGACUGGUAUUGAUCUAUGAGCAAUGUGUUCGUGCUUUCUGGCAUUCAGAUCGUUACAAGGAUGAUCUCCGCUACCUCAAAGUUUGGUUGGAAUAUGCUGAGCAUUGCAGUGAUGCUGAGGUCAUUUAUAGUUUUCUUGAUGCAAAUGAUAUUGGGAAGACACAUUCGGCAUACUACUUGGCAUAUGCUUUGCACAUGGAAUCCCAAUCUAAGAUGAAAGCAGCCAAUGAUUUAUUCAAUCUUGGGUUGUCCAGUAAUGCUCAACCAAUAGAGAAGUUGAGGGAUGCUUACAAGAAAUUUCUUGCCCGCUCAAUGAGAACUAAAGCUAGUGAGGAGGACUUGAAGGAGGACGACUUACCAGUCCGAAGUUUCGGAACUGUCCUGGCCAGAGGAGAAAACCAAAGGCAGGCAAGCAAGGCUUUUGAUCUUGGCAGGAAUAAGUUGAAGCCAGAUCAGGUGCAUCGCACUCCAUUUUCUAUUUUCAAUGAUACAAGUAUGGAUGUCAUGAGGGGUCAUCACUCCAAGCCAAAGACUGAUUUAAACUCUUGGCACGCUCUUGGUCGUAAAGCUGAGAGAAACAAAGAAAAUACUGCAGUGCCUGCAAAGUGGACAUCAUACAAGAUUCCUCAGAGACCUGUGCCAAGAACCAUAGGUGCAGUUGCAAGUGCUCAUAUUGAAGUGUAUGUUGAUGAGGAAUGUGCAGAACAACCAAAAGUGCAUGAUGAGAAGGAUAGAACUUCAAGUGUGCAGCUCAGAGAGUUGGAUGGCCGAAACAUAAAAAGGGAAACUGAGUUACUUAGGGAGAACCCAUUGCGCAAUUUCCCUUCAAACAGCCUACCAAGAUGAUUCCACAGCACUAACGUGCUUCUUGAGGUGUUGUAUCAUUUCAUGUUUGGAUCAGCUUUUACCUCCAAAAUCUGAUCCAUGAUAUCAUAUUGUACUACGUUUCUGAGUUCUCGGUUUUGGUUUCAUUUUCUGUUCUCAUGACCCAAUAAAUUUUUGGAAGAACACUUAUUCUAUGCUUGUAGAGUUUUAAGUUCAGUCAAUCUUCUCUAUGGACAUACUGGCUGAAUGAUUGAAGAUCCAUUUCUUUUUCCUAUGUUUAUCUAUGAUUUACUGAAUUCAUAAAAAGUGCUUAAUAAGUUUGUUUCUCUUGGACCAUGCUUAUCUAUUCAGUUUAUCAUCCUUAAAACAAAAAGUCAUCCAGCUAAGAAAAAACCAGUAUGUAAAGUCUUACUAAGCCUUUUCAUUAAGGUGAUUUUAUGGCAUGAAAAACUUUGAUUUGUGGGUGUAAAAGAGAUCAACUUCUUACAUCAUUUAACCAUACAUCUAUGCCAUUAUGUUUAACAUAUUCUGUGCUUCGCUUUCUAAGAAACUGAUAAUUUGCUGGAAGUUCCUAUUUGUACUAUCAAGUUAGUCUAUAAAGCCAUGACCAAAUUAACUUGUUUCUGAAAAUCACUAUGGGUUUGCUGCUGAAUAUCAAUGGCAGUGCAUAAUCAUGCAUAUUCUCGGACAAAGCUCGAAAUCUACUUGUUUGUGUUUCUUUUUGGUUUCCCCUUUCCUAUUUAUUAGUCUUUGCUCAGUCCUAGUUUUCCCAAAAAAUGUCAAUUAGUUCCUCAUCUCUUGCUACAAUUUAUAAAUAGCCAAAGCUCAUGAAGAAGAGCAGAGCCUAAAGCGAUUGAUGCUGCAGCACAUAGAGUCCUCUAGCUGCGUGAUGCCAGUGACAAAGAACUAACUGUGCAUCAUGGUGUGUGGUUGGGGUUUGGAAUAUAUAAUUGAAGCCAAGUAUAUGAGGUUGUGCUGCAGCCUUGCUUGGUUCCUCGACAAGCAUGGAUGGACGUUGGUGGGAAAAUGAUUGCAGCAAUGUCUGCUUCUAUUUGCUGGACCUGCAUCCUUUUCUACAUAUCCAAAUGGUGGAAGAAGGGAUGACGAGCCAGUAGAAGAAAGCUAUCAAACAAUUGGCCGGAUAGAGUUUGCAGAUCAACAAUAUGAGGAGAAUUGUUAUUGCCGGCCGCAGGAUUUUGUUCCAUCAGAACAUUUCAAGUUCCUCUCACAUCAAAGAUCAACUUCAAAGAGCUUCCAAGGAGAAAACCUCCAAUACAUUGGAGAUUCCAUUCCCCGGCACUGGAAUCCUGUUGGGCCAAAACACCAUUGGCACUUCGGGAGCCUAAGAGGGAACAAUCAUUA